GAGGCGGCGGCGGGUCCGGAAGAUGGCGCGUCUCGCCGCCGAGCUGCUGCUCCUCCUCCUCCUCCUCCUCCUCACCCUCCACAUCACCCUCCACAGGGGCAGCGCCGCCCGACCCGAGGGGCAGCGCCCGAGCAACGCCACCGCCGACACCACCGGACAGAAUGGCGUUAAUAUGGGAAACCCUUCGUCUUCCAGUUUGGCUCGAGCCUCUGGUUCAGGGACUGACUCCGAAGGGAAGAAUGUCUCUCCUCUUUAUCGGACUGGACAAAGAACGUUUCCCAAACCCCAGCCCAAGCAGGAGGAUGGACAUGUCCCCUUCCAGAGAGAUGGACCCAGAACAUUCCUGCUAGAUCUGGAGAACUUCCCUGAUUUGUCCAAAGCGGACAUCAAUGGCCAAAAUCCCAACAUACAGGUUACCAUUGAGGUGGUGGAUGGAACCGAAAUUGAGGCAGAUAGACAUUUACAAAGAGAGGCGAAACCCAGCUGGCCGGUACCAUCGUCCGACUGGAGGAACUGGUGGCAAAAAUCGUCAGCAACAAACCACAAGGGUGACAGUGAUGGCAACUAUGAUGGUGCUGGUGAAGACAGCAAUUUCUUGAACCCUGUGGGUGGGUGGGACAGAAGAGCAGCCACUCAUCGGAAAUGGGAAUCCAAGGGACAACCAGAAUAUGAUUACCUUGACGGAGAGGGUGACUGGAGCGCCUGGUCGCUCUGCAGUGUCACCUGCGGAAGCGGCAACCAGAAGCGAACAAGGUCCUGUGGAUACGCGUGUACAGCCACUGAAUCAAGGACUUGCGACAUGCCUAACUGCCCCGGAAUUGAAGACACUUUCAAGACGGCUGCCACCGAAAUGAGCCUGAUGGCUGGAGGAGAAGACAUAAAUGCUACCGAGUUAUUUGGAGUAGAUACCGACAGUUGUGAACGCUGGAUGAACUGUAAAAGUGAAUUCUUAAAAAAAUACAUGCACAAAGUGGCUAAUGACCUUCCCAGCUGUAUCUGCUCCUACCCAACCGAAGUGGCCUACAGCACCGCCGACAUCUACGACCAGCCCAAGCUGAAGGACUUCCGCUGGAAGGACGCCAGUGGCCCCAAGGAGCGGCUGGAGAUCUACAAGCCGACCGCCCGCUACUGUAUCCGCUCAAUGCUGUCGCUGGACAGCACCACACUGGCCGCCCAGCACUGCUGCUACGAUGAAAACAUGCAACUCAUCACCAGGGGGAAAGGCGCGGGGACACCAAACCUCAUCAGUACCGAGUUCUCGGCCGAACUCCACUACAAAGUGGACAUCCUCCCCUGGAUCAUCUGCAAAGGAGACUGGAGCAGGUACAACGAAGUCAGGCCUCCAAACAACGGCCUGAAAUGUACGGAUAAUCCUACAGAUGAAGUAUACUAUAGACAGUUCCAAGAAGCCCGGGAGUAUUAAAAGCAAACCUCCCUCCCUUCCCCUGCUCCCCCAAAGCCCUAUGCCCCACCCUACCCUGGAGCAUCCCUUAACUUUAGAGUUGGAGGAAUAUUUACUAAAACCGAAUGCUAGUCGCCAACCCUCUGGAGACAUGCUUAUUGUUAAUUGUGGGCGGCCAGCUCACUGGGGGUAAUGCAACCAAAGCACCCAAAAUAAAUACUGUAGAGGAGAAACAUUUUAUCACCCGGUGCCUGCUUUCACACAUUGCUUUGCCAGGUGCAAACUCUGAGGAAGCGACUUUGGCAGGAAGCAAAGCUCCAUUUGUAAUGGGGACGCAGGCAGACAGGCAAAGGGAAGCAAAAAAUGUGUUUAAUCUAAUUAGAGAGAAUUGGGAGAGAAAGGGUUGGGUAAGUGGUGGAGACCAGCUACAGUAUUCAAAGCAUUUCUGUGAUUUGGGAGUCGUUUUCAAUGAAUAAAACCUGUAAACAAAAA